UAUAUGUUCGCUGCACCUGACACGUCCUCGAGUAUUUGCAGCUCGUUCCCUUGUUCACAGUUCCUCGAAACGCCGCGCACUCAGCAGAGACUCAGACCCCGUCGCCCCCAGCGGCAGUUAGCAGUAUGAAUUAUCAUGAAGGACCUCAAUAACCUGCUGCGAAGGUAGUCGCGCGCUGGGCCUCACCAAUGACAGGGCGCUCGCCGCAAGGAGGGGAGGAGCUGCGGCAGCGAUAUGAUAUGGAGGAUGCGGUUGCGGAGCGGUGUGAGCGCCAGAGUGCCGAGCUUUGUCAGGAUGAGGGCCAGGCAGACGGCGCAACGUCGAUGAUGCUGAUGCAGCCAGCGUCAACGCAGCUGGUGCAAAGGGCGCAGGCGAACGGGGUUUUGCAGUACGAUACCCGGGACACGCCGUUCCGGACCCCGGCUGCUGCAGCCCCUGGCGAAGCGCGCUCUAGAUACCCCCUUGAGCACGAGCGGCCAGGCGCAGGCGCGCAGUUGCCGUCAGCUGCCGCCAGCGGGGCGCCAACGCGGCAGGCUACUGCGGCGCCUAACCCGUUAGAUGUCAGUGACGCCUCGGGCGUUGCGGAGGGCCAGGAGGCGCAACCACCACCCACCCCGUGGCUGGGCGCCAGCGGCGGCGGGGAGGUCGCCUGCGGAGAAAGCGGCAGCGGUACGGGGCAAAUCAGCAGCAGUGGCGCCGGCACGGAAGCUGCGGCGAUGGUGCUCAAAUCUGGGCUAACACGGAGGUCUGGAUCCAAGCAGCGCUCCGCCGCAACAACUGGCGAGGAUGAGCUUGGCCCCUUGCCGUUCGACGCGCCGGACCACCACGGCAGCCCCAACGGCAGCGGUAGCAACUGGGUGGACACGGUGACACUGUGGAGCGCCGUGCAGCGGACGGGCGAGGAGAUACAACGCAAACGGCGCAUGGAGGAGUCUGUGCCAGGGUCGAAGGUUGUGGGCGCUGCGUUUAGCCUGGGCCAGUGGCGGCAUCAGGCGUGGCGGCGGCUGAAGACGACCAUGGUAGUGACGUCGCGUGUGGCGUGCAAGGACCCCUGGACGGUGGCCAUUCCGCUGCUGCUGCUGGUGCUGCUGCUGGCGUUCGGGCUGUGGGGCGUGUUCAGUGUCGCGUACGCCAUUCGUGACAGCCGCAUUCUGUACGCGCGCAAUGCCGCGGUGGAUUACGGAAAGAAACUUGCGAGCCACAUCACUGCCAAUGUGGCGCCAGCGAGCACCGUGAAGACGUUGAUUCAGUUGAAUCCCGAGUGGCCAGACAUCAACGAGACAUUCUACAAGGUGGCGCCCGGGCUCAUCGGGGACGGGUUGCAAAACAGCGCCAUCAUCACUAUAAUACUGGCGCCGCAGGGCGUGGUGAGCAGCAUCAUUCCGGACGACUUGCCCGCCUGGAAGCCGGUGUAUGGCUUAGACCUCCUGAAGAACGAGAGCUGGCGGGGCGACGCUCUGAAGACGGUGACGCUGCAUGGCCAGGGCGGGCAGAGGGAUAUGGUCAUGACCGGGCCCAGCAGGCUGCGGGCGGGGAUGAUGGGCCUCGUGACGCGCCACGCCGUGUUUGUGGACGGAGGUGGCCCCACCGAGACCUGGGGCUACAACGUGUCUGCCUACAACUGCACGCCCUGCUGGCUGCCCGGCGACCAGACCACACCAAGUCGUCGCUUCUGGGGCUUUGCCCAGCUGACCGUGGACUGGGAAAUCCUGGUGCGCAACAUUACGCGCCUGUAUGACCUCUGCGAGCGAGACAGCCUGCACUUCAAUAUGACAUACAUCGACCCGGUGACCUUCGCCAACCGCUCCAUUGCGGCUUGCGGCGACCCGCGUGACCACCCCAUAUCGAUUGACGUGGACGUCAUGCACAACCACUGGUCCCUCGCGGUGUACGACUCACGCGGCUGGACUCCGGAAUGGCUUCCGCUGGUGGUGGCGGUGGUGGUUUUUGCCUCGCUGUGGAUAUCUGUGACACUCGCCAUCAUUCUCAUCAACCGCCGUGAGCACAUGUGGCUUCUGCAGGCCAUGCUGCCCAAGAAGGUAAUUGCGGCGCUUCGUCGCGGAGAGGAUUAUGCCGAGGCGUUUGAGAGCGUUACGGUGUUGUUCAGUGACAUUGUGUCGUACACAACAUUGGCAUCCCAGUUGGAGCCAAUCAAGGUGGUGCGGCUUCUGAAUGAGAUGUACAGCGCCUUCGACGUGUUGGUGGACGAGUUUGACUGCUACAAGGUCGAGACCAUUGGCGAUGCCUUUAUGGCGGUGUGUGGCACUCAGGGCGAGGACCCAGUCACAGCAGCCGUGCGGGUGGCGAGGCUGGCCCAAGCCAUGGUUGAGCGGACCAAGGUGUUGGUGUCCCAGGACGGGCAGCGCGUGCAGAUCCGCAUCGGGCUGCACAGCGGCCCCGUUGUGGGCGCAGUGGUGGGGUUCAAGAUGCCGCACUUCUGCCUGUGCGGCGACACCGUCAACACCGCCAGCCGCAUGGAAAGCAACUCCAAGCCCAUGCACAUCCACGUCAGCGGCACUACAGCCAAACUGCUGCAGGAGAGCUGCGAGGGAUUCGGGUUGGAGCCGCGCGGCCCCGUCACCAUCAAGGGCAAGGGAACCAUGUGGACCUAUUGGCUGGCACCGGCAGUAGCAGCAGCAGACUUACGCACCACCGAGAUGGGCGCGGCAGUAGCAGGCUCAGCGGUGGCUGACGGCAGUAGCAGCCAGGGGCGGCAGCAGCUGCAGGCAGCUGAGGGCGAGGCAGGGGGACGUGGCGGCGCCGCUGGGGUGUACGGCAGCGGUGAAGGCGACCGUUUGACCUUUGGCGAGGUCUCGCUGCCGCCGUCGUUGAUGGCCGCUGGCGGCGCCGGAGGCGCCGGCAUGCGUCCUGGCAUGGGUGCAGCUGUCGCGGCACCUGUGUACGCAAUGCCCAGUGUCCCUAUGGAGCAUGUCAGCGCCACGAACAGCGGCGUGCCGCAUCAGGCCGCAGCGUCACUCGACGGCACCGCCGCCGCCUCUGACGCAACCCCCAUGGCUGCUGGCGGUGGUGGCGGCAGCGGCGGUCGCGGCCUGAACCAUGGCACGGCCUUCAACACGGCUGGCGGCGCGGGCCCUGUCGUCAGUGGCGGCGCAGCCGGCGGCAUGGUGGCUGUAGGAAGCGGGGUGAUGCUGCCGCUGGCGUCAAGCAACAACACCACUGAGAGCCACGGACUCGCCAGCGGCGGCGGCAGUCGGUCGGAGGGCCCUGCGUCGGUUGAUGCGGCCGUGAACCGCCGGUGCGGUGUCGGCUACAGCAGCAGUACCAAGUCGGGCCGGGUGCUCAUGAGCUUAGCGGUGGCGGGCGGCAGCAACGGCAGUGGCGUGGAUGCGUCCGUAGCGGCGGCAGGCGGCAUGGGUGCGGGGCCCAUGACUACCCUGUCUCGAAACGGAGGCGGCGGCCGCGGCCGCGUCAGCGACCGCCUUACGCCAGUCGGCAUCGGUGCCGCCGGCAGCAGCAGCGGUAUCGUCGUCAGCGGCUGCGGCGCUGGCGCGAACGGCGGCGUGUUUUACAUGCCAUCCCACGCCGCCGCCUUUCGAGUCGACAGCGAUGACCCGCCCAUAGGCACCGAGUCCGCCGCGGCAGCGGCGGCGGCCUCCGCCACCGGUGCCGCGGCUGCCGCAGCCUUUGGCGGCAGCAGCGCUUAUGGCAUCGGCGCUGCCGGCGCUGUCGCCUCGCCACCUACCGGCGUGAUGUUGCGUUUGAGCAUGCCGUCACCGGCGGGCUCCUCGCCGCUGGUCGGCUCCCACGCCGCGCCGCCAAGCACCGGGCUGCCCAGUGGCGGGCGGCCCAGCUACAGCAGCCGCCCGCACUCGCGCCUUGUCAUCACCGAGACCUCGCAGGUGUACGGCGCACCUAGCGGCGCCUACAGCAGCGCAGGUACCACCGGGCAUGGCCUGCACAUCCCCGCAGCCGCGCUGGAGGGUGCCGCCGCCGCGGCGGCUGGCGCCGCCGCGGGCGUGCUGCCUGUCGGCAGCCCGCAGGUGUUCCAGUCCGGCAUGGCCUUUGCCGGCGCCGCCGCUGCCGGCCACGGUUACGGUUACGGCCACGGCUACGGCGGCGGCUACGGCGGAACUGGUGCCGUCAGUGCCGGACAGCAUGGCCUGGUUUCGAUGGGUAGCCUCGACGUGGCGGCCUCCAAUCACAUGGUUGGAAGCCCCAUGCUCGGCACUACCAUGACAGGGGCAAGCGGCGGCGCCGUCAGCGGCAGCGGCUUAAUAAGCAGCGGCCGGCGCGCGCAGCGUACCAUGUCACACAUGGUGAGCUCCGAUGUGGUUAACAGCAUGCUCGCCGCCGCGCCCUCGGAGCGCGAGCGGGAGCGGGAGAAGCCCAUUGGCAGCAACCUGAUCGCGGCAAUGUUGGGAAGCGGCAUCGGCGACCGCAAGGCCAAACGCGGCAGCGUAGACCUGCGCCUGUUCCAGCAGAGCCCCCGAAACCGGGACAGGGGCACGUGAGGCGCGUGAGGCGCGGCUUCGUUUUUGUCGUGAUAGAGUAGAGCACUAGCAUCCGGGGUGCGCGCGCGCGGAAGCGUGUACGCCCGAUUUGAUUGCGUGCAUGCAUUCACAGCAACAAGCAGAACUUACAUUGGACUGAGGGUGUGCAUUGUGCUCGUACCUGUUGAGGGGCCUAAACACAACACGGCCUCAGCAGCCAUAUCGUAGCAACUUCGACUGCAUGCAUUGCGCUUUACAAAUGCAUGCCAACAUGUUUUGACUCAUAAUGACUGGGGCCAGGAUUACAGGCGGUCAUAUCGUCGCGGCGUACGAAUGAUUACCUUGAUGGGCGGCCUACGUUGGAAGUGACGAUUGCAGUUGAAGUGUUCUGGUGUGUGAGUGGCUACCAGAGUCGUCAGUUAGUGCAGUGUUGGCGUUUCCCGUUGACGCAUGCACGCACAAGCACUGGUCAUGGCGAGCACAGUCGCACGAGGAAUUUAUGCAGAGGGUUUGCAGGCAUGUGCACUUGAAUUUGCGAGACUGCGCAUAAUCCUCACUGGCAUGGCAGCUUUAGAGAUUCACAGCAGCAGGCUGGGUGGCAGAGUGCGCGAUGCCUUACUGAUGCACAGCCUCCCAAGGGCAGGUGUCUCCGAGUGGGAUGGACGUUUUGUGUGGGCAUAGCAGGCCCAUGGCAUGUGGGUGCGCUGCCGGUUACUCUUGCGGAGAGAGCACGCGUGGAGCAUGCUCGUGCCAGAAUUACCAGCUGUGCAGAAGAGCUAAGCGCAAGCAAGCGUGACGAGCUGACCGCGGAUACUGAUGUGUGUGUUACAGGUGAAUGUGUGGUCAUCUCAGACCUGCAACGAGACUGUCCGAGCCGCAUGCCCUCGUCUUAAGCACAGAAACAAAGUUGCCGGAGUCCACAAAAGCCUUGAUAACCUAGAACAGAGUCACGGAUACUGUUGUGUGACGAUGGCUGCAUGGACGCUGGUUUAUGUGGGCUCAGUGGGUGCCAAUCAUUGCGGUCGCACGGGCCCCGCCGCACCCCCACUAGCCCCACCAUGCCCACAUUUCAUGAAGCUGUUGUGUAUCAGGUAUGCGAAGAUAUUUAUGAUGCUCGGUUGCGGUGGCUGGAGCACGGUCUGUGCAAAAGGACGGGCGCUGAACGGGUGGCUGAGUUGCUGGACAAGGCGCACAUCAUGCCAGAAUGAAGCAGUUCCUGGUUUGGGCUGAGCUGAUGCGCAGUGGCUCCUAGUGGCCGCAAGGUGGUGGCGUGUCUGCCGGACCGUCGGCACGUGUGUGUGGCUGCGCGGCCCGGCUGUCGCCCCAAGCCUGUGCUUUUGUGGACGCCCAGGAAAUUCCGAUCAAUUCUCCCUUCUCGGGAUUUUCUCCUUAUUACUACUACGUAUUGAUAUUUGCUAUUAGGCGGCUACGCGGCAGGUCCGAAUCGGCCGACGCGAGAAGCGACUUCGCGCGUCCACGGACAGUUGACUUUCGCUUGGAGGAGGGGAGCGCGGCGCCGCCAAGGAGCGGCCGGUGUCUGGUUAGCACUCUUUGCUGGCGAGCAUAGCAUGGCACGUUGUGGUGUGGGAUUUGCCUGCUUUGCUGAUGCUUGACGGCGGGACGUGGCUGGACACAUGGCGGGCAAUGCCUGUACAAGCCGACCCCGGCUAUGUCCGGGAGCCGAGGUAGGCGCGUGCGGCCUCAGAGGGUGACAUGGCGUGGGCGCAGCCCACUUUUCUGGCCUCCUUGUGGUAUCAUGUGACGGAGGCGGGGCAGUAAGAUAUCUCACAGGCGCUGCGAAGCACGUGUGCAUUGGCUUGGGAUCGAAGGUCACCGCUUAGUUUGUAGUAUGGUUGCACACUGCGAAGAUGUUGUAUCGCCUGCUUGAUUCAGGUCCCUCCCCGGGCGCGCGGCUAUCAUUCUAACUGCCGUGCACUCACGGUGGUGGCACUGCGGCGGAUGCGUUACUACCGCGCAGAUGUUGCGUGCGGAUUGCGAGGAAGAUGCAUCCGGGCGCGGCCGACACACCGUUUGAGGGCACAUGGGCGAUUGCCAUCCAACGCCAUUCUCGUGUUUGGAGGCGCGGUCAUGGACUUUCGCAUGUGGGCCGCAUACCGGAGAGCGCGCACACGCAUUUAUUUUGGGCGGAGGUUGCAUGUCCAGGAUGCAGUGGCGCAAUACCGGAAGCCCUUCAAAACGGGUUUGUGCAUGCAUCACCACUCGGCUCCACAUUGCGGCUUGGCCGUUCAAGGGACAUUGCAAUUUUGGAGCGUUCCUCGGAUGUCUUUCCUAAAAGGCACGCAUGCGCACGCGACUUCGUGAGAUGGAGCAACCAGAGAGCUUUAGUCAUCACAUCAGUUGGCGACGUAAGGUGUGGAGGCAUGGCAGGGUAUGUGGAGGCAGCCAUAGGGAAUGCGGUGUGACGGUAUCAUCUAAUCUUCUGCAGAAGGAAGUGCCACCUACAGACAGCAGCAGGGGGUAAGCAUAAAAUUUGCAAGACUGUAUUCCCCGUGUACGGGUGCGGCAUUUCCGGUGAGGUUUGACUGUAUUUACGUAUAUCUGAACUUGUGAAGGUGGCGGGGGCGUGGGGUUGAGCAUGGGCUGCACGGCACAGCCUGUGCGAGCCAGGGGAGAGCCUGGUGCCAGCCCAAGGGUAGAUCAGGGCCAGGGGUGGCUUGGGCGGAGCGCACAAUGCCUGGUGUAAUCGUGGUAGUAGGUAUGUGCCAUUAAGCCGUUGCGACGCCAGCACCACGAGUAAGGGGCCUUUCCAGCGCUCGUAUCUUCCUUCGUUCGGAACGAAAUUUGCCCAGAAAGGCCUCUGGCGGACGAAAUUUUGUUGAUCUUGACUUGGA